AUGUCGCCUUCACACGGGCUGUUCGCCCGUUAUAACCGGUAUUUCAAUGGUCCCUCGGUGUGGAACGACAAGGUCACGCUCAGCACAGACAGUCUUUACGAAACCAAGUCUCUGUAUAUUGUCGGCUUUUCUUUCGACGUUCUGACACUGGCCGCCCUGAUCUGCGGUGUCGUCUGGGCAUGUCUGAUCCGCAACCACAGAGGCGCGCUGAAGGGCGUGCUCCCUUCUCUCAUUGCCUGGCUGGUUGCUAUGAUCCUUACCAUCAUCGAGGAAAGUCUCCACCUAGCCGACGCCGUAGUCACCCAAUACUAUGUGAUGGGCCUGUUCCUCAAUGUCUUUUUCUUUCUUUUGAGUCAAUGCCUGCUCAUUUUCGUCUUCUACAACGUCAUUCAUAAGCUGUUGGAUCGGCUCACUGAUACGGGCAAGCCAUACGCGGCUGUGGUUAUCAUUCACUGGAUCGUUCUGGCCCUUGCGGUAGCACUAGCCAUUGCUACCUGGGCCUUGUAUGUGGUAUUUGAGGUGAAUAUGAUUCAGAAUUCAUAUGGAUUCGAUGUUUCAGGAAUCUAUAGCAAUAUCCAGAGUGCACAGGUUAUCUUCUACUGGGUAAUUUCAGUGGAGAUGCUCGCCUGGUCCAUCUUUGCGACUGUGAAGGCUGGAUCUCACAGGUUUGUCUCGAAAAUGCCAGCAAUUGCUUUCAUAAUCGGCAGCGUCUUUUGGUUCGCCCUGAACAUGAUGUGGGCAGUCGUCUACAUCCGCUACAUCAUCCCGGACAGCCUGUUUUUCCCGCGGUAUCUGUCAGCCGUUGAGAGUGUCGGCCAAUUUUUGUUCUGCGUCGGCAUCUACGUCGGCGUCCUCCUCUGCUGCAUGAACUGGAGCAAGGUCGGCGACAAGCCUUCCGGGCCAAUGCAACACGGUCCUGUGCCUGUUGGAUACCCGACAUACCCGGCAUAUCAGACUUAUCCCCAGUUCUCACAAAAUCCACAGCAGUAUCCUCCAUAUAUGCAGCAGCCAUACCAGCAGCCAUAUCAGCAGACAUACUAG